CUUCUAUAUUUACUCCUUGUGAGAAAAGGUCAGAGGUUCCCCCUGAAGGUCACACUCAGAUACCAGGGAAGGAGGCUUUAUAAAGUGCACGAGCACACAAAACCUGCUACUCAGAGCUGAGUGUCACUGAACCACUAGCUGACUGCACAUUGUCCAGAGCACAGCACCAUGCCUCACGAAUACCCCGCACUGACCCCUGAGCAGAAGAAAGAGCUCCAUGAUAUUGCAAAGCGUAUCGUAGCCCCAGGAAAGGGCAUCCUAGCUGCUGACGAGUCCACAGGCAGCAUAGCUAAGCGCCUGAGCUCCAUUGGGGUGGAGAACACAGAGGAGAAUCGCCGCUUUUAUCGCCAACUGCUCUUCACAGCUGAUGAAAGGGUUAACCCCUGCAUCGGCGGUGUCAUCACCUUCCAUGAGACACUGUACCACAAGUCUGAUGACGGCACACCCUUUACCAAGGUCAUCAAGGAUAAAGGUGCCGUUGUUGGCAUCAAGGUAGACAAAGGUGUUGUCCCCUUGGCUGGAACAAAUGGAGAGACUACAACCCAGGGACUGGACGGACUGUCUGAACGAUGUGCCCAGUACAAGAAGGACGGUGCUGACUUCGCCAAAUGGCGCAGUGUGUUGAAGAUCUCAGAGCACACUCCAUCUCACCUUGCCAUCUUGGAGAACGCAAAUGUGCUGGCACGUUAUGCCAGUAUCUGCCAACAGAAUGGCAUUGUACCCAUUGUGGAACCUGAGGUCCUUCCUGACGGUGAACAUGACCUGAAGAGAUGCCAAUAUGUCACAGAGAAGGUCCUGGCUGCUGUAUACAAAGCUCUUAGUGACCAUCAUGUGUAUCUGGAAGGAACCCUGCUGAAGCCCAACAUGGUGACACCUGGACACGCAUGCACCAAAAAAUACACCCCUGAAGAGGUUGCCAUGGCAACAGUCACUGCCCUGAGGCGCACUGUGCCCCCUGCAGUCUCUGGUAUCACUUUCCUCUCUGGAGGACAGAGUGAGGAGGAAGCCACCGUGCACCUCAAUGCUAUAAACAAAUGCCCUCUGCACAAGCCCUGGCCCCUGACCUUCUCCUAUGGCCGGGCCCUUCAGGCAUCUGCCCUCAAAGCUUGGAGUGGCAAGAAGGAGAACGUUAAGAACGCCCAGGAAGAAUACACCAAGCGUGCCCUGGCAAACAGCCUUGCUUGCCAAGGCAAGUAUGUGCCCACCGGCCAGGCAGGAGCUGCAGCCGGAGAUUCCCUGUUUGUAUCCAACCACGCUUAUUAAAUUAUGUACAAAGUCGUCUUGUAGUCUCGCCAGUGUUGUGGCUUCUUCCAAGCAUAUUAUGUGAGGUCCCUCUGUAGAGCAAAAAGCCAUUUCCUGAUAGAUCUCUGCAGAGUUUCACCGUUAGCCUUCCCUGCAUUGGAGAGAGAUUGCAGAGCGUUGCUCUGUAAAAUCCCGAAUGGACCUGCGUCAGGUGUGACUGAGGUGUGACACAGAUCGGUGUGCGUGUUGUGUGCGCAUGUCUUUGUGCUUUGUCCAAUGUGUGUACUCGGCUCUGAGUCAUUUAUCUGUCACUGCUGGAUAAAUAUCAAUAAAGCAGAUAACGAACCACA